CCGCCCGCGCGCCGGGGGCCGGCCCUGCCGCCUGCGCCUUUUUCUCCGCGCUCACCGCGGCGGCGCGCGGCCACUAGCCAACCGCAGGGAGCGCGGUGGCUGCAGCGCCCUGCGCUCGGAAGAUGGUCCCCGCAGCCGGACAGCUCGCUCUGCUAGCGCUGGGUAUCGUGUUAGCUGUGUGCCAGGCUCUGGAGAACAGCACGUCCCCCCUGAGUGACUCUCCCGUGGCCGCUGCUGUGGUCUCUCACUUCAACGACUGCCCGGAUUCCCACACUCAGUUCUGCUUCCAUGGAACCUGCAGGUUUUUGGUGCAGGAGGAGAAGCCAGCCUGUGUCUGCCACUCUGGGUACGUGGGUGCUCGCUGCGAGCAUGCAGACCUCCUGGCCGUGGUGGCUGCCAGCCAGAAGAAGCAGGCCAUCACUGCCUUGGUGGUGGUCUCCAUUGUGGCCCUUGCUGUCCUGAUUAUCACCUGUGUGCUGAUCCACUGCUGCCACGUCCGCAAACACUGUGAGUGGUGCCGUGCCCUCGUCUGCAGACACGAGAAGCCCAGCGCCCUCCUGAAGGGAAGGACCGCUUGCUGCCACUCUGAGACAGUGGUCUGAGGAUCCCAGAGGAGGAAUUUGGCCAGGUGGCCUACGGCGGCCCACCGAUGGAAAAGCUUCUUGGGACACCACCACCGGCAGUGCCCAGGCACCUGGGACCUUCCCCUCAGCGCACAAUCGCCUGUGCAGGCUUCUGUC